AUAUAGGAUUAUUUUGAGCCGAGUCUAUUUUGAGCUUUUUUCACAAGGAAAAUAACUCUAGAUUGUUCCACGCACUUCCACUUUCAGUUUGAUUUUGCCCCUUCCUUAAGGUUACAGUGAGUCUCAUUUGCACAAUCAUCAGCUCUAUGGCAACACGUAGAAGCUCUAGCUCUGCUCUCACGGCCCUUGCGGCGUCUCGUUCCCGCCUACUCUCUCGGUUUCGUCCUGCAGUUUCUCGUCUCUCUGAGAAUACUUUACUCGGCGCCGGCAGCUGUCCACCUCCCAAUAGUGAAUUUUUUGUUUGGCCGAAUUAUAACGCGUUGUCCAAAAAUUUCGUGCACUCUUACUCUACUACUGCUGCUAGCUCCGGACAGAUUAAUAAUAUGGACUACACUGAGAUGGCUCUUGAGGGUAUUGUUGGUGCUGUUGAGGCGGCACGGACUAGCAAGCAACAAGUAGUUGAGACUGAGCACUUAAUGAAAGCUCUUUUGGAGCAGAAGGAUGGGUUGGCUCGAAGAAUAUUCACUAAGACUGGGUUGGACAACACAUCAGUUCUGCAAGAAACAGAUCAAUUUAUAUCUCAGCAGCCAAAGGUAGUAGGUGAUACCAGUGGCCCCAUAUUAGGGUCACAUCUUAGUUCUCUCCUAGAGAAUGCGAAGAAGCACAAGAAAGAAAUGGGAGAUUCCUUUGUGUCUGUGGAGCAUAUGUUGUUAUCUUUUUUGUCAGACACUAGAUUUGGUAAAAAGUUAUUCAGGAAUCUCCAGCUUACGGAGAAGGCUUUGAAGGAUGCUGUCAAUGCUGUUCGUGGAAGUCAGAGAGUAACUGAUCCAA